CAUUUGCUGACAGUUGUUGUUUAGGUGUGGGGGCAUUUGAUGUUGUGAUCCUUUCUGUUGUCGAUUACCUCGAUUGCAGAAAUAGUGGAAUUAUUUUGUCUUUUUAGCUGCCAUCAUCCGUAAUAACUCAGCAUUCAUAAGAUGCUACGCAACAUGUUCCGGUUGGCGUACAACAAACAGAAAACGCUCUGUCGGUACUACGCGAGAAAGGCCCGUAAUCCUGGAAUUGAUAGGCGAGCCGCCCUACUGCCGGAUGACGCAAAACCCGUGGAGUACGAAAGCCUGGAAGACGGUGAGGCGAAUUUUCAUCAGCUGCACAAAAGCCACAAACAGUUCGAGGCAGAACAGGCACAGUACCGCGACCGGUUGCAGACGUGGAUCGUUGGAAACAAAUACUUCAAAUCGAAGCAGCUUAACUUCCUCACCUGGUCCGAGAAGGAGCAGAUAAGGUACCUGCACAGCUUCGAUCCGGAGGAAUGGAACAUCGACAAGCUGACGGAAAGUUUCCCCGCGGACAGAUACACGAUCGCGAAGAUAGUCAAGACCAAGUGGCAACCGAAGGACGGCAAACGGAUGGAGCGGCACGAUGCGGCAGUGAAGGAAAAUUGGCAAAUGUUUCGCAGCGGACGUAUCAAGAAUAUUGAUCCGGGAUUUGCGCAGCAUUUGAGCAAGUUUAUGCAGCGGAACGUGGAUAAGACGAAUGAGCUGCGGCCCACAAUUGAACGCAAACCGCUGUACGAAAUCAGACCACUGCCAGAGGGCGAGUUUAGUGCAAUCGUGACGAGCUGUAAAAAAUAUAAACCGAUCGAGAAGGACAAUGAAUCGCAACGGACGCUUCUGUCGGAUGACAGCGAUCGAUCGGAAGAAUCUGAUCAUCAUCCGGAAAUGUCGCAGCAGGUUCCCAAACAGGACACGUUCCUGAUGGGAAAUGUGCACAACACACGGCAUGUCACGUGGGCCGAAAUCAAAAGACGGGGAGAUUCGACAGCGGUCGCAGACAGUCGCAAGUCGGUUGAGCAUAAUCUGGAGCUAGAUUUGGGGACAGGCAUAACGGACAGGUUGGAAAACAUCCACAAGAAGUAUGAUGCGGCACAGCCGGUGGUGGCGGACUCUUUGUACGAUGCGCGUGAUGAACAGCGGGAGGAUAUAAAAGAGUUCAUAAAGAUUCCCAAAAAGCUGUACAAAAAGGGCGCCACGUACCAGGUGGACGAUUGUUUCUACGACGACGAUGGAGAGUUCCUGUAUCGAGUGCCUGGCAUGUCUAACGUUAAAAAGCAGCAGUAGUAGUAAUUGGUAGAAAGCUUUUGUGAAAAUAGACAUGUACACCGGAAA